GUAGAGUAACACUAAGGAUGCAAAGUGAAAGAAAAGAUGGAUGAGGGGAAGUUUGGUUGACUAGGAAGCCUAAUCCUGAAACUCGAUGUUCGAAGUUCGAUCACCUGAAGCAAGGGAGAGAGAAAGACGGAAUAGUCAGGUAGAAUCACCGGACCUCGAGAUUCGAAGCCUGCGAUGGUGUCGUACAUGAGCUUGUUUCUAUACGGAGUGGGAGGAGUAGUGGUGGCCGGAAUGGCGCUUCUGGUGGCGCUCCAGGAGAAGCUCGUGUACGUGCCGGUUUUGCCUGGACUCACCAAGUCCUAUCCGAACACUCCCGCUCGUCUUAGUCUUUUCUACAAAGACGUCUGGCUCAGAUCUUCGGAUGGAGUGCGUCUCCAUGCCUGGUUCAUCAAGCUCUUCCCAGAAUGCAAAGGCCCAACCAUUCUUUUUUUCCAGGAAAAUGCUGGAAACAUAGCCCAUCGUCUUGAAAUGGUGAACAAAAUGAUACAAGAAUUGAAGUGCAAUGUGUUUAUGCUUUCAUACCGAGGGUACGGGGCCAGUGAUGGAUACCCUUCUCAACAUGGAAUAAUAGCGGAUGCUCAGGCAGCAUUAGAUCAUCUGAUUCAGAGGAAAGAUAUUGAUAAAUCCAGAAUAUUUGUCUUUGGAAGGUCACUGGGUGGAGCAGUGGGAGCUGCGCUAACCAAAAAUAAUCCUACUAAGGUUUGUGCACUUAUUUUGGAGAAUACUUUCACUUCCAUCCUUGACAUGGCUGGAGUUCUCCUUCCCUUCUUGAAGUGGUUUAUUGGAGGGAGCGGUUCAAAGGGCCUCAAACUUCUUAAUUUUCUUGUUAGGUCUCCAUGGAAUACCAUUGAUCUUGUAGGCGAGAUCAGACAACCUAUCCUUUUUCUGUCUGGAUCACAAGAUGAAAUGGUCCCUCCUUCACACAUGUUGAUGCUAUAUGCUAAGGCGGCUGCUCACAAUAAACAAUGCAUAUUUGAAGAAUUUCCUACUGGAAUGCAUAUGGAUACAUGGUUGAAAGGUGGUGACCAAUAUUGGAAGACGAUUCGGCAGUUUUUGCAGCAACCUGUCCCCACAGAGUCAAAACCAAAGGAGAAAUCUUCCGAAGAAGGAUCUACUUCAUCCUAAUCUGAAGAAAGCCGGAGCAUCAAAACAAGCCAUUGCAAUUAUUGGAUUCAUGACCCAAUGCUUUGAUAUUAAUCCAUGAUCGGUAACCAGAAGUUCCCAUUGGUAGGAUCAUCGCUUUUUUCAUCAUUAUUUUCUUCUGGAUGCGUGUUUUCAGAAGACGGGGAAGGUCUAUGGAUGUUCUUACUGAGUAAUGUAAUAUAGACUAACCAUCUUCUGAUCUUUGAGCCAGAGAUCUCACAAGUGUCGAAAAAAGAUUAUACUGUUUUUUUACCCUUCCUAACUGUCAUAGAUUUUGCAGUUCAUUAUUUACAUAGAGCUUCAAAAUCUUCAGCAAAAUGUUAUAUUGACUGAAAUGCUUUCUUUUGACAUCAGUUUUCCUAUGUUUUCAUUACUUUGUUUUGACUAAAUGCCUUCCUCUUGCCAUAUAGGAGUCAUAUAUCUGAGGGUCAUGCUACACUUGGCCAGCAAUUUCAACCAAACUAGAGCUGGUUUGGUAUGGAUUAGAGUCUGUUUAGCUUUUAAAAUAAGGGAAAUGCUAAAGUCACCCCACCUUUAAUUGCCCAACCUUCUCAGACAUCCACAAAUGAGUCUCUGUAGAUUUCUGUGAAAAGGUAGAGUUGAAGGGUAGGGGUGCCCUU